UUUGCCUUGAACAGACGUUACAAUAUUUUUAUAGUCAAUAUAUAUUUUGAAUAUAAUUGAAAUGUAAGCUGUGAGGUGGACUAUACUUCAUCUACUAAUCAUACUAAAAAUAAGCUGUUCAACAAAAUCAUUUAGUUUUGAUAAGUAAAAUGGUCAAUUUUAGAGUUAAGCUGUUUUUAAUAUGGGUUUUUCUGGUUUCAUUGUAUAUUUGUCAGUAUUUUUUAUCAAGCCUAUAUAGUCAAAAUGAAAUUAAACUAAAAAGAUGGAUUACGAACGGCAUGGCGAAUGUACUCACCCAAGACUCACAAAAACGGAAACAUCAUAAAAUUUUAUGCUGGUUCUUGACAAGUCCUGAUGUUCUGGAGAAAAAGGCAAGACACGUGAGGGACACAUGGGCAAAACACUGCGACAUAGAUUUGUAUAUGAGUUCCAAAGAAGACAAGACAUUUCCAACAAUUGGAUUAAACGUUACUGAGGGGAGAGAGCACUUAGCUGAGAAAUCUAGAUUAGCGUGGACUUAUGUCUACGACCAUUAUUUUAACACUGCUGAUUAUUUUGUAAAAGCAGACACAGAUACCUUUAUAGUUGUGGAAAAUUUGAGAAAAAUGUUACAAAACUACGACCCGAAAAAUGCAGAAUUUUUUGGACAUAUGUACUAUAUAAAUGGAAAAAGAACAGAAGACAAAAUGAUUAUGGCCGGUGGGCCCGGAAUUGUCGUGAGCAAGGAAGCAUUGAGGAGAUUGGUCAUGCUCGGAAUAAAGAAUGCUACGGGAGAUUACAAAUGCAUUCCCGAUGGGGGUAUUGAGGAUGUCAAGACGUGUACCUGCAUGUACAAGACGGGGUCUCGACCUGUUAACUCCACGGAUGACAGUGGGAGGGAGCGGUUUCUUGUUUGGCCUCCGCAUAGUUACAUAUUACGUCUGCUACCAAAAUGGUACCAAAACAUUGAUGGCGAUAAAGGGAAAAAUCAGGGAGUGGACUGUUGCAGUGAUCAUCCAAUUGGGUUUCAUUACAUUUAUCCCCAGCUGAUGCAUACCAUGUAUUACCUGUUUUAUAAAACAAAAGUGGAUGCAACAUUUCGUAAACAGCAUGUCGAUCUGAAUAGUAAUGUUACUCAAAUCGUUUAGGAGGACAAUAUAUAAUGCAGUCAUCACUUUAAUACUUUUACUGAAUGAGUUACUGAAUGAAUUCCGAAAGAACACGUGGAGAGAGAUUACUAAAAUGACCAUCGCCGAGAUGGGAAAUCUGUUUAAACAAUUAUUAGGAGUUUGGGGUAUUUUCUCCUAUGUGCGUCCAGCAAGAUUUCAAUUAUAUGCUCCUUUAUAUUAGUAACCUUUUUUUCAAUAUCAAAAAUAUUCCCGGUGAAUAACACCCGUGAAUAUUUUUGAUAUUGAAAAAAAUAUCGCAUUGUCCCGCCCAAUCCCGCUCAUGAAAAUCGUAUUCACCUCCAAAUCACGCUCACGAAAAUGGUAUUCACCUCCCGCGAAUUUUUUCCAAAGAAAGAUUCCUAUAACAUUCAGUUGGGUCGAUAUAGCGUACUAUAAUGAUGUUCUUAUAUGAGAAACGAUAUUUUCCAAACAAAAUUGAAAAUAUAGAUUUUGCAACAUAAGAACUAUGUGGAUUAAACCUAUUAAUAGGCAAAUUGUAAUCUCAUCAUCAUGCUCUGACACGGACAGUCAAUGUCAUAGAAAUUUGAGCAAUAUGCGAAUGCCCUGAGAUGGACAUGUUUACCUACUGUUAAUUUUUUAAUGUUGAUGUGUUUAUCAUGUUGUACAAUAAAGUUGUUAUGUAAAGUUAAGUCAAAUUUUGUAGACUAAAUAGUAGCCGGGACAGAACAAGUUCCAAGUCUGUAUAUUUACUCUCAUUCCUUCACUUUUAGCAUAUUCCCUGGAGAAAUCCUAACAUAGAAUUUAUUUGGUUUUAAUUCAUGUAAUUUAUUUGUUAAAUAUAGGGAAACAUUUAAUUCUUAUUGGUCUAUAA